ACAUUAUAUUAUUAGUGUGAGUCAAUAACACUUUUGUGUGUGUGGUGUUGGUUGGUUUUGUUGUGUGUGUAGAUAAACAUGGGAAGCUCAAGUAACAGCAGUAAAGAUGAUUUUUCAGUGUUGGUGCUGGCAUCGGAUCUUGGUGUUGAUGCCCGACCCUUUUUGACCCAUCAAGAACCUGAAGACAACUGGUAUGAUUGUGCUUCUGACCCUCCUCCUUCUGAGGAACAAGAUUUUGCUCAUCUUGAUUCACUACAGUUCUUACGCCUUGAAUCUGGAUCUGACAAAUUGGGUAAUCGGAUCUUUCGUAUUGUUGGAAAAUACUUUCCGGCUCUAGUUAUAAGUGCGGAGCGGCUGAAAAAGUAUGUCUUUAACAAAGUUUGCACGGAGCUGCCUGAGGGGCCAUUCUGUAUUGUCUACAUGCAUAGUACUGUCCAAAAGGAGGAUAACAAUCCUGGAUUGACCAUCUUGCGGUGGAUCUACGAAGAGCUACCUCCUGACCAUAAGGACAGGCUUCAGGCUGUAUACUUUGUUCAUCCUGGGCUCCGGUCAAGGCUUGUUCUUGCAACGCUAGGCAGAUUUUUCCUGAGUGGAGGUUUGUAUUGGAAAGUAAAGUAUGUUAGUCGACUGCAAUACCUUUGGGACGACAUAAAGAAAGGAGAGCUUGAGAUUCCUGAAUUUGUUCAAAAGCAUGAUGAAAUUUUAGAGCACAGGCCACUUACUGAUUAUGGAAUUGAACCAGAUCCCCUCCACUUCUCUCAGAUGCCACCGUCAGCCUACUCGCUUGGUAGACAUGACACCGGAUGGACAUCUAGACAGUACAUGUCUUAGAAAAGCUGCUAGAUUCUGUAUAGCGUCGUAACUUUUGUACCAACUCUUAGUGUUUUUCAGUUUAGUGAUGUUUCUGCAACUUAUAUGAACUUUAUCCUAAGCUUUCUUCUGCCCAACCUAUGUAUUACCAUAAACUGGUAUUCAUUCAAUAAGAGAAAGUGUCAGGUAAAACAUUCAUAUGGUUUA